CCAAGUUUCGUACAAUCAUCCUCAAUUUCCAGCGUCGCUUCCCUCAUUAGGACCUGUCAUGCUUCCAUACAGCCCUGCGGGAAACACACCGGAUACGGCUAUCAACGUUGAGGGUGACGAUGGGGCUGAGAGCUCCGCUGCUAGUACUUCCAGCGCGUCAACACCCUCCCGUGGGAAGGGGAAGGCCACGGCGUCGAAAAAGCCCCGUAAACAUCCUUGGUUGCCGGUCCAGCCGCAAAUGCCAGAACACCCAGGUACCCCAAUGGGACCUGUCCACGAGCAGAAUUUACGGAAAGCCCGCGAAAAGCAACAACGACGAGCCAAGAAGGAGCAAGUGCGGUUGAAAGCCGUGGAGGCUGGAGGAGCUCAACAGGUUGAAGAGGUUGGACAAGUUGGACGAGUUGAAGAAGUUAAAGAAGUUAGAGGAGUUAGAGAAGUUGAAGCGGAACUCCAGAGAGAGCUUCUUCCGGUCGUGUUGCAUAUGCGUGCUGCCGAGGAAGCAGCUGAAGCUAGGGUGCAUCCAACGGCAGAAAUCGCACCCUGAAUAUUAGGAUUUAUACACGUUCUUGGAAGCGCCCUAGAUGUAUCAAAAUUAGUUACCC